GAACUCUGACGAAACCCGGAUGCUCAUCUGACGAUUCUCCCUCGCAAUUCUUCUUCGGAAUCCAAGUCCUUCAUCGGCUUAGCUCUGUGGUCGCUGGUUUUAGCAGCUUCGGACCUUGAGUAACAGAAGCGGUGGAGGGGAUGCAACACCUGCGGUUCCGGCCUCCUCCCCUCUCGCUGAAGCUGGCCUUCACCAUCUCCCUUGCCGUCUCCUUCUCCGUCUCCUGCUGCACCUCCUCGGCCAGCUCCCCGUCCUCGCCACCCUCCCCGCAAACCGUCGCCGCGGACCUCCUCUCCGUCCUCGCCGGCCCGCGCGCCGCGGCGCGCGUACCGGCCGCGGAGGCCUCGCGCCUCCGCUCCUGCCUCCGGGCCCUCUCCCCGGUCAGCCCCGCCGCUCCGAAGGCGACUCCUUGGCGUGGCUCACGGAAGGUUCUUCUGGAAGGAUGCGAUGCAGCGGAGGCGGACGAGAUGGUGAUGUGGCCGCCGGCGCCGGUCAUGGAGCUCGCGCGGCUCGCCGUCGACUCCGGAGGCGACCCUGGGGCCAUCCACCGCGCGCUCGACCCCACAAUGCUGCCGGUGCCAGAUGUUGAGGGAUCACAGGAGCAUAAAUGUCAACUCACAAGGACACCAUACGGGAGGCGCUUUGCCAACGAGGAGAUCAAUUCAUAUUUUGCAUUCUUGUUUGAACUGAUUGUGGCACGGGGACCAUCAGUUGGACUAAAUGUAUCACUGAGUCGAUUUGAUUUGUUCCAUGGGCAUCUUUUCCUUUCAUCUGAUACUGGAAGGCUUGGAAUUCUGUUCCAUGCUAAAGAAUAUCCAGCAUUUGACAAGGAAUUGUUUCCCUAUAGUUUGGGAUAUUGCCAAGCAGAAUCUAAUGUACCGUAUGACGAUUCUUUGAAUUUACGCAAUAUCCUAUGGUUAGCACCAUUGCCAUCAAAUGAAACAAAAGCUUGGUUAGCACCAGGAGUCUUAGUUGUUUUGGAUGCUCAUCCUGAUGGAAUUAUCUAUCAAGAGAUGAUACGUGAUUAUGUUCAAGUUGUAAGAACAAUAUAUGAAGAUGAUUUCGGAGAUGCUACUGUUGAUGUCAAUUACCUGAAUGUUGCCAAUGCAGCUCCCGCAGAUAGAAUUUUCAUUUGCUGAUGUUCCUCCAUAUGAUUAUUUACCCAUUUGAUUUCAUUUCUGGGAAGCAGACAUCAAUAUAUCAUCCUUUAAGAAAAAUAUUGUUCUCAUGUUGAUUGUAUUGUCUUUGUACAUUUCACAUGUUUAUUUGAUUAAAUACUUAGGGGGCCA